AUGAUUGUGCAAAAUUAUUUUCAUGUUCAAAAAAUAACCUUUGCUGGUGUCGGUAUUAAUCCUAUGGUCACAGAUCCUAAAGAUGUCGUAAAACAUCCAUUAUUGUGCUAUGGUCUUCUAAUAAGUACUUUUUUCCAUAUGGUUAUUAUUGUACAUUAUAUAUUGACUCAUAUUAAGGAAUAUGACGAGGUAACCGAUUCAUUUCCUUUAAUGUGUCAGGCGAUUUUAUCUAUUUGGAAAAUGAGUAUAUUUUUAAGUAAACGAAAAGAUAUAUUGCGAUUAAUUAACGAAUUACAUCAAUUAAAUUUGAAGGCCCAGCUAGAUGAAUUAACCAUAGUGCGCCGGGAAAACUCUAAUGAUGCUUUUGUUUCCAAUAUAUAUUUUAAAAUCGUUUUGGCUACUGGAACUUUUGCAUUUAUACAUCCAGCUAUAUAUGGUUUAUAUGUUUAUAUCACAAGUGGAAAAUUGGUUUUAGUGGAGGCAAAUAAAGCCACCUACUUUUGGAAUUAUACACACAUUGGAGGUUACUCUAUAGUAUUCCUUUUAAACUUCCUCACCAGCUAUUAUGUAUGUGAUGUAUCUUUGGCCAUCGAUACCUUAUUCACCUGGUUUGUUCGUAAUAUUCUGGCACAAUUUCAAAUUUUAAUGCAUCGUUUUCAUCAAGUUGCCGAUCAAUGCAAUAAAGAUGCUAGACAAGGUACUGGUCCAGGUUCUACUCAAUAUCGAGAACCUAAAAAAUUCUUUUCGGCCAUUAUAAAAUGUAUACAAUAUCAUCGUCAAACCUUAGCCUUGGCUGAUAGAUUAAAUCAAGUUUAUGGUGAAAUAAUUUUCAUAAAAUUCAUCAUAGUCUGUUCGGAAAUCUGUAGUUUGGUUUUUAGUGUCAGUCGUCCUAAUUAUUCCAUGUUUGAUGCCGUUUACAAGGCUUUAUUUUUGACCGCUGUCACUUUACAAUUAAGUUUGUAUUGCUAUAAUGGUCAGAGGAUAAAAGAUGAGAGCAUGCUAGUAUCUACUGAAAUCUACAACGCUUUCGAUUGGUCUCAUUUGGGAAAUUCGUAUAAAAAAUUACUUUUACUUCCCUUGAUGCGUGCUCAAAAGCCUAGCCAUUUGAAAGGAGUUUUCUUUGAAGUUGAUUUGAGUCUUUAUUUAUGGGUUUUAAAAACUGCUGGUUCCUUGUUGACUGCUUUAAAAACUUUGGAGGAAAAACAGGACUAA